UUUUUUAAAGCUUUAAUUUCAUACUAUAUAAAUAUUUCCAAACAUGAGCGUACUUAUAGAAACAUCUCUCGGCGACCUAGUCAUUGAUCUUCACCACGAAUCCUCACCCAUCCUUGCUCGUCAUUUUCUCACCCACUGUUUUCUCAAAACUUAUUCCUUCUCACGUAUCCACCAGAUCCAAUCCAACUACACAGCGCAAACUGGAAAACAACCCUCAUCAUCAACCUAUAUUCCUGCCUAUUUCCCACCCAAAUCCACACACCACCACAAGAGGGGCACAGUUUCCUUAACUGUCACUAAUCAAACCACGCGAGGAAUUGAUGGAAUAGUCGGCACUGAGUUUUUUUUCACACUCGGUGGAGCUGCAUCGCUGGAGCAUUUGGACGGAAGACAUGCGAUUAUUGGCGAAAUCACAGAGGGGUUGGAUGUGUUGGAUCAGAUUAACCAUGCAAUGUGUGAUUCCAAAGGCGCGCCACUGAAGGAUAUACUUUUGCGGCAUCUUAUUGUUCUCCACGACCCGUUUAGUAUAUCCUCAUCAUUGUCCCUGCUACCUAGUUCGCCGCUGUUGCCCGAUAGGGAUCAGCUUGAGCGCAUUGAGGCCGGAGAUAAAUUGCAGUUGGAUUCGGGAAUAUCAGAUAAAUCGGAGGAGAGGAAGCGCCUUAACCUGGAGAUGAUCGGCGACCUUCCCUUCGCAGACAUCAAACCGGCAGAAAACAUUCUCUUCGUAUGUAAGCUCAACCCGUUAACUAAUGACGAAGAUCUGCGUACGAUAUUCUCAAGGUUCGGCAAAAUAAUCUCUUGCGAUGUUGUCAGAGAUCCCGUUGAUAAGAGGUCUUUGGGUUAUGCGUUUGUGGAGUUUUCUGAGCGCAGGGCUUGUGAGGAGGCGUAUUUCAGAAUGGAGGGGGUUUUAGUUGAUGAUCGUAGGAUUCAUGUGGAUUUCUCGCAGAGUGUGGCAAAGGUUGCUGGGAAAUGGACGAGAACAAGGGGGGGUAGAAAUGGUGCAGGUGGUGGUUUGGGAGCAGGGCUGAGGAUGAAGCGGCAGCAGAGGGGGGGAGCGGCGGAGCGGAGAGGUGAGGAGUAUGAGAUGGUCUUUGAUACUGGUACCAGAGAGCAGCGCAGAGCUGGCAGUGGAUCCAGCAGACACCGUAGCCGCAGCCCGUCAUCACACGGCAAACACGGCAAAUAAAACAAACUAGAAAAAAUAUUUAUAUCAAU